AUGGCGGCCACAGCUCCUGCUGCGGCUCCUCCCGCGGCCGCCCCGGCCCCGCCGGCCGCGCCGGCCCCGCCGCCCGCCGCGCCACUGUCAGCCGCGCUCUCGGGCCCUUUCCCCGGCGGCCGCGUGGUGCGGCUGCACCCGGUUGUGCUCGCCUCCAUCGUGGACAGCUUCGAGCGGCGCAACGAGGGCGCGGCGCGGGUCAUCGGGACGCUGCUGGGCACCGUGGACAAGCACUCGGUGGAGGUCACCAACUGCUUCUCCGUGCCGCACAACGAGUCCGAGGAUGAGGUGGCUGUGGAUAUGGAAUUUGCCAAAAACAUGUAUGAGUUGCACAAGAAGGUGUCUCCUAGCGAGAUCAUCUUGGGCUGGUAUGCAACAGGUCAUGACAUCACGGAGCACUCAGUCCUGAUCCACGAGUACUACAGCCGGGAAGCACACAAUCCAAUCCACCUCACCGUGGACACGAGUCUCCAGAACUCACGCAUGAGCAUUAAAGCCUAUGUCAGUGCCCCAAUGGGAGUCCCUGGUAAAACUAUGGGCGUGAUGUUCACACCACUAACAGUGAAAUACGUUUAUUAUGAUACAGAGCGGAUAGGAGUGGAUCUCAUCAUGAAGACCUGCUUCAGCCCCAACCGAGUGAUUGGCUUGUCCAGUGACUUGCAGCAGGUGGGGUCGGCCUCAGCCAGGAUCCAGGACACCCUGACCAUGGUGCUGCAGUACGCCGAGGACGUGCUGUCUGGCAAAGUGGCUGCUGACAACACUGUUGGGCGCUUCCUGAUGGAUCUUAUUAACCAGGUGCCAAAGAUUUCACCAGAGGACUUUGAGACCAUGUUGAACAGCAAUAUCAAUGACCUACUGAUGGUAACCUACUUGGCAAAUCUCACACAGUCACAGAUUGCUCUGAACGAAAAACUUCUGAGUUUAUAAAGAAACUUUUGCCACCCUACACUUUAAGGAGCCUGAAGAAUGAGCAGAUACACUUUUCUGUGGUGUUAGAAAUUUCCUUGGACUGUAAUUUAAUUACCUACAUGACUUGGUUUACAUCGUUAUUUCCAUUGCUCUAAAAGUCCCUAACAUGCUUUAGGAAAUGAAUGGGAGCGGCUGCAGUUCAGUUGAGCCUGGUAUUUUAACAUGAAAUAUGAGAAUCUUAGGUCUUGUGGAUUUGUCUACUUGUAUAACAAAAUAACAGCUUUAUUGUAAGAAUGUAUUUGGAAUAAAAGUUCCAUUGCAGUGGCAACAAUGGCUUCUGUCUAGAAAAAAAA